CUCUGCCACUUGUACCCAGUCCUAGAGCUUCAGCAUGUCGGAGACCGCUCCCGCCGCUCCCGCCACCGCCCCCCCGGUGGAGAAGACCCCGGUGAAGAAGAAGGCGGCUAAAAAGCCUGCAGGGGCGCGCCGCAAGGCGUCAGGGCCCCCGGUGUCCGAGCUCAUCACCAAGGCCGUCGCCGCCUCCAAGGAGCGCAGCGGCGUGUCCCUGGCCGCGCUCAAGAAGGCGCUCGCGGCCGCCGGCUACGACGUGGAGAAGAACAACAGCCGCAUCAAGCUGGGCCUCAAGAGCCUGGUGAGCAAGGGCACCCUGGUGCAGACCAAGGGCACCGGCGCCUCGGGCUCCUUCAAGCUCAACAGGAAGGCGGCUUCGGGGGAAGCCAAGCCCAAAGCCAAAAAGGCGGGCGCGGCCAAGCCCAAGAAGACGGCCGGGGCAGCCAAGAAACCCAAGAAGGCCGCGGGGGCGAGCACCCCCAAGAAGAGCGCCAAGAAGACCCCCAAGAAAGCCAAGAAGCCCGCGGCAGCGGCUGUCGCCAAGAAAGUGGCCAAGAGUCCGAAGAAGGCGAAGGCUGCCAAGCCCAAGAAGGCCGCCAAGAGCGCAGCUAAGGCCGUGAAGCCCAAGACUGCCAAGCCCAAGGUUGCCAAGCCCAAGAAGGCUGCUCCCAAAAAGAAGUAGGUCGUUGAACGUCUACUUCUAAAACCCAAAAAGGCUCUUUUCAGAGCCACCACUAUCUCCGAGAAAGAGCUGAGCAUUCUUUCCUCCUCCUAUGCCUUUUCCCCCUUUAACCUUUAGCUCUAGAACCAGGGUUGCGAGGGUGUGGUUGGCCACUAAGGGCUUACACCAACCGGAAAGGGGCGGAGGGGAUCGCUGCGCCGCCGUGGGGCGCGUCCCCCGCCCUGCGGUGCCCCGGGUGGCCUCCCCGGCGGCGGUGCGGAAGCGCUGUCCCGAGGCGCGCACUCGCCCGCCAGCCCCGCCCCGCGCUGGGUACAUCGAAAACAACCACAGAUCAAAGCCAGCCUGUUUGUGUCUUUAGGGACACCCCCAUUGGGUUGGAAACUCAUUCAAAAGUCCCGCCCUGCUCGCGGGUUGGCCCACUCCUCCAGCCCGUGAUUUUUUUCCUGUGUUUUAUUGGGUGGCGUUUGGCCUCUUGUGUGUUCCAUGUUUUGUUUCUGGUGGGUUGAUUUGGGCUUUUCCCGCUGAAAAACGUGUUAUCUGGUAUUUCGGACACUUCCCAUGUCUUGGAAAGUCAAGUAGGGGUUCCCGGGGGGGGCAGCACGCGACCCGGGAGGAGGGGGUGCAGGCGCCUGCGCCCCGCGAUGUCGUCUGCAAUCCCGUGCGUCGCGGCCACCAAGUAUCGCGUCUGGAAAAGCGCGCAGCGGCGGCCGCGACCCUGCCAAGGCGCACGACUGGACCCGCACCCUUCCGUCCCUCGCCUCGUAUAUCUUUGGACAUGGACAGAGGUGUGAUGGAUUUGAGUGCAUCAAAAACAACUUUUCGUCGGCCAUUUUGUCCUGGCAGCGGGUACCCGAGCCUCGUUUUAGGCAGACGUCAACAUCCCAAAA